AUGUCUCUGACUCUCUUGGUAUCAGUCCUAGCAGCCUACUUGAUUUACCGGUGGACUCAAAAACAUCCAAAAUUGCCCCCAGGGCCUAAACCGCUCCCUAUACUCGGAAAUCUAAAUGACUUCCCUCCAGCUGGCACACCCGAGUCCCAGCACUGGCUGGCCCAUAAAGACCUGUAUGGCGGAAUCAGCUCUGUUUCCGUGCUAGGCACGACACUGGUCUUGAUCCACGACAAGAAAACAGCACACCAGCUGCUAGAUGGAGACUCGGGCAAAACAUCCGGCCGACCAAAUAUGACCAUGGCGAACAGACUAUGCGGGUACGAGAACAUCGUCCUUUGUCAGACCUCCAGCCUGACCUUCCACCGGUAUCGCAAGUUCCUGCACCGCGAGCUCGGCACGACGGUCUCUGCGGCGGAAUUCCGAGGUAUCCAGGAAAUGGAAGUAGACCGGCAGCUUGUGCGUGCGUUGAAGGAGCCAGGGAAGUGGCUGCAGCAUUUCAAGACAACUGCCGGCGCUACGGUGCUGAAAAUGGCAUACGGAUACACCGUUGAACCCCACGAGCCAGAUCCCCUGGUCACGCUCAGUGAUAGGAUGAUGACCGAGUUCUCCCAGGCCGCAGUUCCCAUGGCGUGGGCUGUUGAUGUCAUUCCUGCUCUGCAAUACCUCCCUGAUACCUUCCCCGGAGCUGGUUUCAAGAGCACAGCCCGUAAAUGGAGAAAAUCAAUCGAGGACACAGCACACAUUCCAUACCAAUUCGUGCGGCAACAGAUGGCUAGGGGUGACUACCAGCCCUCCUACGUAUCGAAACUCGUCCAGCAACUCGAGCGCGAAAAUAAUGGCAGUCUAAGCCCCGAAGACGAACACGCCGUCAUCUGGACCGCAGCAAGCCUCUACGGCGCAGCCUCCGAUACCAUCGUCAUAACCCUAACAGCCUUUACAGCAGCAAUGGCCAUGUUCCCAAAUAUCCAGCAACAGGCCCAAGAGGAACUCGACCGCGUCGUGGGAAUAAACCGAUUACCUACCUUCGAAGACCGCAAGAGCCUGCCCUAUAUCAACGCCAUGGUCAAAGAAACUCUGCGCUGGUGGCCCAUUGCGCCCAUGGGCUUUCCACACACCGCAACGGAGGAUAUUGAGUAUAACGGGUUUCAUAUCCCGAAAGACUCAACCCUUCUCCCUGCCGUAUGGUCCUUCCUGCAUGAUCCAGCCGUCUAUCCAGACCCGGACUCGUUCAAUCCAGACCGCUUCCUGCCGCCUCGCAACGAGCCGGAUCCGGCUGUUGAGAUAUUCGGGUUCGGGCGCAGGAUAUGCCCGGGUAGAUUCUUUGCUGACGCGGGACUUUACUUGAAUGUCGCGCGGUCUUUGGCGGUGUUUAACAUUAGAAAAGCGGUUGGUGAGGAUGGCAAGGAAGUUGAGGUGGAUGUCAGGCCGACACCGGGGAUCUUGGCUUAUCCGACGCCCUUUGGGUUCCGUGUUGAGCCGAGGAGUGCCAGGUGUGUGGAGUUGGUUAAGGGGGUUGAGAGGGAGAUUGAGGCUGGUGAUGCGCGGUUGUUGGAGGGUUUGGAGGGUUGUUGA